AUGAACUGGACAGGAGGUCGUCUCCACCGGCACUCCACCGCCAACCCCCCCAAGCACAAACACAAAAAACAAGGCAUUAGAAAACCAACCCAAGGUUCACAACAAGUGACUCUAUUUCACAAGUUUACACAAACCAAGGUUCCAGAUUCUGAUAAGCAUACACCCAACGACAAGGACAACCAAACCAGUCAUCAGAAGCAGUCCCCCACGACCUUAGCAUCUUUAUCACCAAACCAUCAAUCCUCGAAAGAAUCCACUCGUCUAGAGCGUAUCAAACGUCAACUUUUGGCAAAGACAGACUGGGCCGCUGUCUCGGCUGCGCGUCCAUUAAAAAUGACCUUCCCGCCACUGGAAGAGCUGGCACAAUUUGGCAAAAGACGGAAACUAACAGAAGCGGAUCGAAGGAGGUUGGAUAAACCCGAUAACCAAGUGUCCCGCGGGGAGGGCCCGCUCUUUCGUCGGGGAUUCCGAAAGAACGAAACGUUAUCGGAAAUCGGGACUAUUGAUGGCCUGGAGAUAACAAUCAACGGGAAGAAGACGGGCGUUGAUCAGGUGCCUGCAUUCGAAGACACCCAGCCGAGUAAUCGAUCAUCGCAGCCAAUGCUGUUGGAUCGUGAGGAGACUGUUCUUCAGGAACUGUCAAGGGCAUCGAUGGUAUCAAAUGUGAUAAGCGAGGACAUGCUGACUAGUGAAUACUCGCCCGCUAUCCUAGAUUAUCAUUCCAGUCGGACGUCGCUGCUCUCGUCACCGUCGAAUAUUUGGAUUUCCCAGUCAAGGGCUCUUUCGGGGUACUUGUCUGAUUAUUGA